UCAAAGGAGACCAUACGAAACUAUCUGGUAUUAUAAUUCCUGGAUUCGCUUCUACCCAGUUAAGAGCUUGGUCUAUUCUUGAUUGCCCUUAUUCUCCUCUUGAUUUUAACCCUCUUGAUUUAGUUUGGCUUGAUACCACUAAGGUAAAUUAAGUUCCAGAUUUUAUCGCCUUCUUUGUUUUGCACUAUAUAGUUUUUGCUCUUGUUUUGAUGUUUCUAUGAAUGAAUGCAUUUCUGGGUUUUUUUUUAUUGCAAACAUCAUUAGAACUUUGUUGGAGAGGAAUUUAUGUCUUUUAGUUGGGUGAUUAUAGGUUUUGAUCCGGGGAAGAGAAAUACUCCAAUGUCCUGAUAGACUUGCAUCGAAGAGAUUUUUAAGGAAAAGAGUGGAUAUUGGUAACAAACGAGGAGAAAAUGAAUUUUGCACAUGAAAUUAAAAGAGAGUUAGACUAAAAGAAAGUGGUGGGCUUUAAGGUUGCAUUCACAUACUGCACUUUAUUGGCUGCUUUCCGGUUUAAAUUGCUGGCUCAAAUGUAUUAUGUUAGAGCCUUACAAUCAGACAGAUCACCCUGAAUGCAAGUCAAGGCCUGAUAGUGGACUGUCUGCAAUUACAGAACUCGAUCCUGGAUACAUAACAGGUCCUCUCUCUUCUGUGUGGAAAGAAUGGGUGAAGUGGUGUAUAGAGUUUGGUAUAGAGGCGAAUGCAAUCAUUGCUGUUCCUUAUGAUUGGAGGUUGUCACCGUCAAAACUUGAGGAGCGUGACCUUUAUUUCCACAAACUCAAGCUGACCUUUGAAACUGCUUAUAAACUUCGCGGAGGCCCCUCAAUAGUUUUUGCACAUUCACUUGGGAACAACGUUUUCCGGUACUUUUUAGAAUGGUUGAAGUUUGAGAUAGCUCCAAAAGAAUACAUGAAUUGGCUCGAUAAACACAUUCAUGCCUAUUUUGCUGUUGGAAGCCCUUUUCUUGGUGCUACUGAAACCAUCAAGGCUGCCCUUUUAGGUAGCACCUUUGGCAUUCCAGUUUCUGAGGGAACUGCUCGCUUAAUGUUCAAUUCUUUUGGAUCGUCAAUGUGGAUGUUGCCAUUUUCAAAAAAUUGUAAAACGGACAAUACAUAUUUGAAGCACUUUUCUGAGAAGAGUAGGGAAAGUCAUCAUGCAUAUCACUGUGAAGAUGAAGAGUUCAAAGGAAACUAUUCAGGGUGGCCUACAAAACUUGUCAACAUUGAAAUUCCUUCCAUUCACAGUUCUGAUGCAUACCCUUCUGUUAUGGAUGUUAUGGAAAAUACUAGUAUGGAAUGCAGUCUUCCAACUCAAUUAUCCUUCACUGCUCGGGAAAUCUCAGAUGGAACUUUCUUUAAAGCAAUAGAGGAUUAUGACCCAGAUAGCAAAAGGCUUUUGCACCAGUUACAAAAGUCAUAUCAUGGAGAUCCUGUUGUGAAUCCUCUCACUCCCUGGGACAGGCCACCUUUAAAAAAUGUUUUCUGCAUUUAUGGAAUAGAAUUAAAAACAGAGGUUGGUUACUAUGUUGCCCCAAGUGGAAAGCUGUAUCCCGAUAAUUGGAUUAUAACUGAUUUCAUCUAUGAGCUAGAAGGAUCUUUGUAUUCAAGGUCAGGAAAUCUCGUUGAAGGGAACCCAGGAACUACUAGUGGAGAUGAGACUGUAGCUUAUCAUUCCCUUUCUUGGUGCAAAAAUUGGCUGGGGCCUAGAGUUAACAUAACGAGGGCUCCACAAUCAGAGCACGAUGGAACGGAUGUUCAGGUAGAGCUGAAUGUAAUACAUGAACCUGGAGCUGACAUAAUUCCGAAUAUGACCAAGUCUCCUAAAGUUAAAUACAUAACAUAUUAUGAAGAUUCUGUAAGCAUUCCUGGGAGGAGAACAGCGGUGUGGGAGCUUGAUAAAGUAAAUCACAGGAAUAUGGUCAGAUCCCCCGCUUUGAUGAGGGAGUUGUGGCUUGAGAUAUGGCAUGAUAUUCAUCCUGAUGCAACAUCAAAGUUUGUCAAAAAAGAAAAGCGAGGACCUUUGAGAGAUGAUGAUUGUUAUUGGGAUUAUGGAAAAGCUCGCUGUGCUUGGCCUGAAUAUUGUGAAUAUAGGUACGCCUUCGGUGAUGUUCACCUUGGACAAAGCUGUAGGCUGAAAAAUUCUUCAGCGGAUCUUUUGCUAAAUUAUAUAUAAAACCCGGAAAGAUUAACUUGCAAAACCGAUCAACUUGAUUCUUACGUAAAUUGAUCAAAGGGUGUGUCGUUGUACCCACAUUGACGUGCUCUGCAGUUAAGAGAGGUCUCAGAUUUGCUGUGGUGAGUCACGCAUCAUAUUCGUUGAUAUUUCUUUGUAAGCAUCCGAUUUGUUAUUGAUCUUUACGACCAUCCACGCAUGAAAGCAGAAACAUGGCUAUAUUAUUUGACAAUUGACAUGGAAGAGGCAUGUAGCUUGGUAGACUGAUGAUUCUUUCUGUUGUAUAUAGUUACUCUGCUUUUCUCCUCUUUCUAUUCUUGGGUUGUGGCUAAUUGGCUAAUAAUUAAAAGGGGUUUGAUUUUUUUAAGGUUAAACAAUAAUUGAAUUCAGGUUAUGGUGAAGUUUCACUCGGUUAAAAUGAGUGAAGAUUUUGCAU